AAUAAAUCAGCUGUCAGCUGGAGUAAGUGGUUAUUUUUUUUGUUGUGCGCUGGCCGAAAGAAAAAAUCGCAUUGCCAGUGUUUUGUUGGUGAUUUUAGACCAGAAACUCUAGCAAAUAGGCGAGUAUUGUGCAGAGGAACCCACAUUCAAGAUGGUUCCGUUGGGCAGAUGGAGUUUCAACCUGCUUUUGCUGGCCUUUUCGAUGGCGUCAGCAUAUGCCGACGUCACAACGCAAAACGCUCUGCUGGGUGGAAAUAAAAAACACAAAGAAGUCCCGGAUACUUCGGUUGGCGGCGCUAUAUCGCCGAAUUUGGUGUGCCACAAGAUGUUGAGGCACGUUUUCGAAAACGCCACGCCGCGGGAUGAACAGCAGGCGGGUGUUUUCGAGGAGUACAAACCCCCACCGGACUCGGUGGAACCCCUGGAGGAGGAGGCCUAUCUCUGGAACUGUCUACAGGCGUGCUGCGAGAAGCCCCGGAAUGCGACCAGCGCCUGCAAUGUGGUCCUCGUCUUUAAGGGCAAGUGUUACCACAUCCGUUGUCAGAGCAACGAGGCCUGUUUGCCCAAGCUAAGGGUUCGGAUGCCCAACGAGAAGGUCCAGAUGGUACUGGUGAAUCCCCUGGGCGAUGCCACCUGGCCACAGCUCCUCAAGGCGGAGGCCGCCAAACAGAAUGCCGAGAUCCUGCCCUACGACGAGGCAGCCCUCAAUUUCUGGAAGCAGCCCAGGAGAUUGGGCUACCUGUCCCGCAAUCAGGAAACCCCCGUUUACGAGGACGAAGAUUUCCCAUUGGCAGACAAACGGAUGAAUCAGAUGAUCUUCCAGCCGGAUGAAACCGAUGUGUUGGCCAACGAAGAGCUCGGCUACUACGAUUCGAAUGCCAAGUUCACGGCCUGCGAUGUGGAGACACCUUGUCCACCUCCUCAACAAUGUGUGCCCCUCCAGCCGAAUGCAGUGAGAGGCGUCUGCAGCUGUCCCGAGGGAUUCGUGUGGAAUAAGCAAAGGAAGUGCGUGAUGGCAGCGGUGCCAUAUAGCUCCUAUCUGACCAGCAAUGAGGCAGGGCAGCAGGAAGCGGCGGCGAGUGAGAAUUCACCAGAGGUAUCUGCUCCUCCACUGAAAACCGAGCAGAGCAAGGAUAUUGUGGUCUCCGUGAUGUCCAAGGAAGUUCGGUUGCCGGAACAGGAAGUAACCCUAGCAGCAUUUACGGUUCCCGAUGAGCAAACCAGCGAUACCAAGUACAAAUAUCUAUGGACUCUUAUUUCCCAGCCCAAGGGUCCCAUGAACGGCACCAUUUCGGACCAGAGCAAGUCCAAGGUGAAGCUAUCCAAUCUCUCCGAGGGACUGUACACCUUCAAAGUCACUGUGAUUGGGGACAAUGGAACUUUUGGCGAGGCAACAGCAAAUGUAACCGUGCUUCCCGAGAACCGUAUCAAUCAGCCACCCCAGGUGAUCAUCUCGCCCAGGGAGCAGAUCAUCCGACAGCCCACCACCAAUGCCAUACUCGAUGGCAGCACCAGCACGGAUGACGAUAAGAUCACCAACUGGCACUGGGAGGUGAUCUCAGGACCUAUUGGUUAUCAACCAGUAUUGCCAGAGGUUAAUACCCUCCAGCUGGAUCUCACCUCUCCGGGAAACUACACCUUCAAGUUGACCGUAACCGAUUCGAAUAACGUGACCAACUCCACCACUGCCACCAUAGCCGUUCUCAAGGAAACCGACUAUGCUCCUGUGGCCAAUGCCGGCGAUGCCGUGAUCUUAUAUUUGCCAAACAAUAAUGUCACCCUGAAUGGAACAGCUAGUUCGGAUGACCACGAGAUCGUGGCCUGGGAGUGGACCAAGGAUGCCAGCGAUGAGGCCAAGGCUGUGGAUAUGCAGAAUACGAGAACUCCCUAUGUGCAGUUGUCCAAUCUGGAGGAGGGCAUGUACACCUUUGUACUCAAAGUCACCGACGGCAGUGGGCAAUCCAGUACGGCCAAGGUCCAUGUCUUUGUGAAGCCCCCAACGAAUUCCCCGCCAGUUGCUGAGGCAGGAACUAAUACGACCACCAGCUUACCCAUUAACUGGGUGCUUCUGAAUGGAUCCGAAUCCAAAGAUGAUAUUGGCAUCAAGAAUUAUUUAUGGAAGCAACUUAGUGGACCCAAUAAUGCAGUCAUUUUAAAGUCCAACUCAUCGAUUGCUAAUGCAACUUCCUUAACACUGGGUCUCUAUGAGUUUGAGUUGAGUGUGGCAGAUGAAAACAAUAACACGGCUACGGACACCACCUGGGUGAAGAUUGUUCAGGAACGCAAUGCUGCCCCAAUAGCCAACGCUGGAGGAGAUCACACCAUCACCCUGCCAGCCACAGCCAUCUAUUUCAAUGGUUCCAAGUCUUGGGAUGACCUGGCCGUGGUCAAGUACGUUUGGACCCGCGAUGAGCACAGCCUGGCAGCUGGUGUGAUUGUGGCGGAUACCGACAAAGAACCAGUUAUGAUUUUGACCAAUCUAGUCCAAGGCCGAUAUGUUUUCACCCUGACUGUGAGCGAUGAUCAGGGGUUGACUAGUUCAGAUACUGUCAGCGUGAACGUCCGUCGCGAUCCCAAGCUGUUGAAUCUCGUUCAAAUGACCCUGCCCAUGGGCAUCUCCGUUCUGGCACAAUCCGAACUGGAUUCUGUGGUGCAGAAACUGCAGCUUCUGCUGGGAGAUGAGAACAAGAUACAGGUCAGGGAGCUUAAAUACGAUCUGCAUACGGAUGCCACUGUGCUGGUCUUUUAUGUGAACGAUGGUCAGGGAAAGGCACUAGAUGGCUUGCAGGUGGAACGGCAGCUAAGGACCCAGCUUCAGAAAGAUGCAUCCAUACUAGGCGCAUUCGCUGUCGACAUUCGCACCACCGUUUGUCAAAAUGAUUGCUCCGGUCAUGGUACCUGUAAUCCCAUUACCAGAGCCUGCAUAUGCGAGGCAUUCUGGAUGCCCUCAGCGGGCUACUUCUUCAACAAUCAGGAGGCCAAUUGUGAUUGGUCUAUUUUAUAUGUGUUCGUUGGAGUGAUUGUGGGCUGUCUUUUGCUAUCUGGAGUGUUUUGGGGUAUAGCCUGUGCCUGCAGACAAUCGAAAAAGCCGCGACUUCGCCAGAAAGUGCAAAAAUAUUCAUUGAUUGGCAAUAAGGAUGAAGAAGCGGCCAAUUACUCUCGCAACACAUCGCUGACCGAAUCAGAGACGGACUCCGAUGUCCUUUUCGAGACCCGCACCAAGUCCAAUGGCCUGGGCAAGCACAAGUCGCACAAUUCGCACAGUCAUGGCCAUGGAAGUAGUGGAGGCAGCCUAUCUUCCGGUCGAGAGGGUCACAAGUAUGGAACACAAAAGUUGGGCCGCAAAAUUAAGGCAUAAAAGUAUAGACCUUGGGGCUUAGGAGAUCUAUAUGUGUGUGUUAGUCGAUCUACUAUACUGUGUGUGUGAUAUCUAUUUUGUAUUUCUAUAAUGUACUCGGAUCUUUUGUACUUUCCGCAAAACUCGUCUGAAGUGAAGUUGUCUAUAAGUUCCUUUAUGUGCAAUUAUGUUUAAGUUAAGACCUAUUGUUUAUAUUAUUUUAAGCUGCUGCUGUGCAACAAAUUUUAUUAUUUAUUUUUACUGCAUUUUUACUGCGAUACUUUUUAUGUGUGUAUAUAUAUAGGCAUAGCUGUUCACAAUCAAUGUAACAAACGACAUGUAACUGCUUAAAAGUGCAUUAUUACCCACAUUAAACAAAACC